AUUAUGAUUGGUAUCUUUAGUGUUUUCAUGUGGUAUUUACUACUGAACCUGUAUACAGGACAAAUUAAAGGAGUCUUUGGAACAUACGAACCUUUAACUUACAAAACAGGAUGUACAUUAUGGGGAAUUGUUUUUAUCAUUUCAGGAGCCUUCAUCAUAAAAGCAACAAAGACUCCAACUCAAUCCCUGGUGGUAUCUUCUUUGUGCCUGAACAUUCUCUGUAUAAUUAUUGCAAUAAUUGCACUAUCUCUAACAGUAAUUGAGUUGUCUACUUUUAAGUCUGUGUCAUAUAAGAAUUAUGGACAAGUGGUAAGUGGCCAAUUCUAUGGGAACAUCUUAGUUUUGAAAAAUAUUCUUUUCAAGUGUUUUGAAGACAUAGGAGAUAAGAUGAGGCAGGCUUUUAUUGGUCUUCAUGACAUUCUUUGA